CUUAUAAGUGAGCCCAUAGUUCAACUCAUUUUUAAGACACUCAAGAGGACUCCUUUCCUCCUAACAUCGAAAACAAUGACACCCACGGCCGUCGCCAAGAUGACAGACUCCGACGGUGAGAGCACCAUCAAUCAAGACACAGUCCCAACAGAAUCGCAUCCACAACCACAGCAACAGCAACAAGAACCACCAAAAAAGCUAAGCACCAGCGGUAUUUCCCUCAGCAUUUGGCCACCAACUCAACGCACGCGCGAUGCAGUCAUCACGCGCCUAAUCGAAACCCUAUCUUCUCCUUCCGUCCUUUCUAAACGCUACGGCACAAUUUCCCACGACGAGGCGGAAUCCGCUGCUCGCCGAAUUGAGGAUGAGGCUUUCGGCGUGGCCAACACCGCUACCUCCGCCGAGGACGAUGGACUUGAGAUCUUACAGCUGUAUUCUAAGGAGAUCAGUAGGCGCAUGUUAGACACUGUUAAGGCUCGGUCCAGGCUGGACUCUGCUGUCAGUAAUGGCGUGUCGGAGACCACGACUCCUGAUGCGGCGUCGCAGACGGAGGUGUCUGGCGAGGAAGUUCCGAGUUCCGUGCCGGCAGAGGCUUGAUCUUGUUAGGGCUUUUUAGCUGCAUAUUGAGUAAAAAAGGAAGGAGGAAAGUCCUGAGGCUAUGGAACGACACUUUUGAUUGGAAUCUCUCUCGUCUUUUUUCUUUAAUUUAUAAUAUGAAAAUAUUAUGGAGUAAUUAUUGGACGUUUAGAUUUUCAACCAAGAUUGACCAUAUCUUUUACUUCACAUUAUUUGAUGCUAAAUGAAAGCCUAUCGUUUAAAGAUUUA